AUGGAUGAUGAUGAUGCGUUUUUAUAUGGGUCAGAUACAGAGAAUAUCGAUUUGAAGGAGGCGAAUAAUCUUGAGCCCAAUGUUGAUGCCAUAAAAACAGAUGAGAAUACAAUUAAUCCAUCAUCGAAGGAAAUAGCUUUACAUGAGUCCAAGAACGAUGAAAUGGAGGUGGGGAGCAGCAAAGAUGGAGGUGAAUCUAAAUCAAGUGAUGCAAAUGAUGAUAGUGAUAGCGAUUCAGAUAGCGAUUCGGAUGUUGAAUUUAUCAUUGGUUCACUGAAUAAACCACCGCCAGUGGUAAUACCAGAGCUGUUAGAAACCAGGAAAGACGAAGAAGAGAACAAUGAAGAGGAUAAGAAGAAUGACGCCGAAGAAGCUGCAGCACCAUCGGGCAUGGUGCAAAUCAAAACAGUGCCUGUUUUCACAACUUCACCAAAUGGAAUUAAUAUUGAUAAGGUGGGUAUGUAUAAUGAUAUACCGAUUACAGAAGUUUCGCUUGAUGAACUAAAGGAUAAACCGUGGAGAUUGCCGGGUGCCGAUAUGUCGGACUAUUUUAAUUAUGGGUUUGAUGAAGUAACAUGGAGAGCUUACUGCGCAAAACAUGAACGAUUACAACAGGAAAUCAACGCUAACAAAAUGUUUCCCUUCAAUCCAACAGGUAAUAGUGGUACCGCAGGAGGCUCGAUGCCAUUUAUGAUGGGAAUGCCUGGAUUUAUGGGAAUGCCUGGAUUAUCAAACAUGCCAGGUAUGCCGAAAAUGCCCAAUAUGGGGAUGAAUAAUAUGCUGAAUAGUAAUAACAGUAGCAACAACAAUGUCAGUAUGAAUAAUGGUGGCACCACGAAUAAUACCACUACUAGUAGUAAUUUGAAUAGCAAAUUGCCAAACAUACCAAACAUACCAAACAAGCCAAAUCUUCCAAAUAAUCCAAAUUUGAAUACACGAACUGCAUCUGCUACACCGGAGCAAUCGUAUGCCAAUUUACGAAAUCAAAGAGAAAACGACAGAGACGAUAAAGGUAAUUGGAGAGACCGAGAUCGUGGUCGUGAUGACAGACGUGAUGAUAGGAGGGAUGAUCGUUGGGAUGAUGAUAGGGGACCAGCUCCCAAGAGACGUAGAAGAAGGCGUUGA